AUUGCAAGUGCUGUUAAAUCAUUGCAUGCUGAAAAUAUAAUACAUCGUGAUCUGCAUUCAAACAAUUUACUUGUUCAUCAAAAGAAUAUUAAGCUUACGGAUUUUGGACUUUCGAAAAGAUUGGAUGAAGUGACAAAUUCAAGUCAAAAAUUUGGUG